UUGUCCGCUGUGGCUCCACCGUGCGCUCCUCCAACAUCGCUUCGAAGAACUCCUGCAUACUUACUUUCACCAUGCCUCAUGAUCACGACCACGGCGGCUGCAACGACGACUCCCACCAUCACGACCACCAGCACGACCUCCCGGAAGGCGUAGGGCCCCGGGACAACCUCUACUCUCGCAUUGACCGCGACAAUGUCAUCGCGCUCAACGUGCAGGCUCCUGCAAAGGGCCCCGAGGUCAUCAAGCCAUGGGACCAGCGGCUGGAUGAGGACAAGUACCUCGAGUCCGACGCGGACGACCAAAUGAUCAUCCGCAUCCCCUUUGCUGGAGCGGUCAAGCUGCGUGCAGUCCUCAUCAAAGCAGGCCCUAUUGAUCAGACCCCCGCCAAGCUGUCCAUCUUCACGAACCUCGACCACUUCGAUGUCGCACAAGGGAGAGACGUAGGCGAAUAUCACGUCAUGCCAGCUAAAUUCUCCAAUGUCACUUCCGUCACCUUGUUUUUCCCCGAGUCUCAAGGUGCCGACACAACACGGCUUUACUACGUUGGCUUCCUCGGCUCAUUCAGCGGCGAGCGCAAAGGCCAGCCGAUCAUCACCGUUUACGAGUCACGUCCGAACAUUGCGGACCAUCCAAAGAUCACAGAGGCGUUGCCGAGCAUGCAAGGGUGAUUGUAGGCAUCCCGGUCGAACACAAAGAACUGCUGUAGCCAUUCUUGUACAUUACUCUGAGACGUCAAACUUCAAUCAUGGAAAUCUCCCGUCAUCUGUCGUCGGUCUGCACCA